UUGCCCUUCAAAAAAAAAAAGUUAAUGGCUCCGGACACUACCCUUUCACCAUUGUUGUAUAGAAAGUUGUAAUUAACUCCCAAAGUUUUACGACGGUUGAGUAGACACCGCGCAGCGUUCUUUGGGCGCUACCACCACUUUACCUCCUACCACCAUCACCACCACCUUCAAAUUAGUAAUGAAUCUCGCUUCUGUCAGUUUCCCCAGUCAAUUUCGAUCUCUCCGCCAUACGGAUCGUGUCUCUACACUGUCGUCACCACCACUGCUCCUCCCUCGUUUUGUUGCCGUUCGCUCCAAUCCUAUUCCUACCGGCAUAAAUAUCGGAAUUCCUCUGGAAAAUGUUACUGCUAAACACUUUGCGGUUGAAGUUAGGAACCCUAGGUUUCCAGUCAGAUUAAGCUUAAGCUUAAGCGAUCAGGCUUUCUUUCUCUUAACAUUCAUCGCUUGCACGGCUACAGCAUCAUUUGUUGGUUUUGUCAUGGCAGCUGUUCCAGCACUAUAUGCGAUGAGCAGAACUGCAAUUGCUGUUGCAAAGCUGGCAGAUACUGCUCGUGAGGAGCUUCCUAGUACCAUGGCUGCAAUCAGGCUUUCUGGCAUGGAAAUCAGUGAUCUUACCCUCGAGCUUAGUGACUUGAGCCAGGAGAUCUCUGAUGGGGUAAACAAGUCCGCUCAAGCUGUGCAAGCAGCAGAAGCUGGAGUCAGACAAAUUGGUUCAUUGGCUCGACAAAAAACUCUGUCGAUGAUUGAGGAACGAGCAAACCUUCCUGUGAUCUCAAUACAACCUGUUGUUGCUGGGGUGGCCAAGAAGACUUCCCAGGCUGUGGGCCAUGCCAGUAAAAGAUUUAUGAAUAUCAUAUCCACGAGUUUAGGAGAUGAAAGAAUCGACAUCUAACAAACUCAAUAUAUAUUUGCAUCUUCUGCUUUGCAAGCUAUAAUGCAUAAACCCAAAACCUUGAUGCAAAUGUUUGUUGAAAUAAACAACUUAGAAUGCAAUAAUAGCUGUAACAAACCACAUUGUUGUAUAUAUUGUUUUGAAAUGA